UCACCAACGCUGAUAAGAACCAUGCCGCCAGGGUGCUCAACAUGUUGGGAUUGGAGGACUGCUUUGAAGGGAUUAUAAGUUUCGAGACUCUGAAUCCCACAAAAAAAGACAACUCUUCUGAUGCUGAUGAUCUUAAAUCCAACACUGCCAUUUUCGACGUUGAUAGUUACUGCAGUGCUGUUCUUGAUUCUGAGCUUAAACUUCCAAGGACUCCAGUUGUCUGCAAACCAUUUGAGAACGCAUUCGAGCAAGUUUUCAAGAUUGCCAACAUCAACCCCCAGAAAACAUUGUUCUUUGAUGACAGCACCCGCAAUCUACAAACUGGCAAGAACAUGGGACUUCACACUGUGCAGGUCGGGACUUCUCACCGGAUCGAUGGUGUAGAUUACGCACUAGAGAGCAUUCACAAUAUCAGGGAAGCAUUGCCUGAGCUCUGGGAAGCAGCCAAUGAGAAGGAUGAGAGCUUUCGGCAGCCCAAAAAGAUUUCCGUUGAGACAAUGGUUAGAGCAUAGUUUUUUUAUACCACGUUCAGAGCUUAGCUCUUUAAGACCAUAUGUAUUCAGUAGUCUUUUACAAUCACCAAUCCAUUGGAGCCUGUAAGACAGUGGAUCUU